AUGUCCACAGCCCACCGACCCAACUGGGCCGCCGCCAAGGGACGCGAAUCCAAAGCGCACCUCUCCGCCCAACGUACCGUGCAGGACAUUGCGCAGCAUACCAAGCUCAAGUUUCGUGCGCCUGCGCAAGCCUCUUCGACGGCGUCCGGAAGCGAGAGUGGGGGGAGGCGGGAUUUGAAGCGGGAGCUGGAGAGUGCAGAGUGGGCGGCGCGGAACGUCAAGAGGGCGAGAGAGGGGCUGGAGCCUCUAACCCGAGCAGAUGAGGAGGUGGAGGGGGAGGAGGGGAAGAGGAGAGCGGCGAUACAGGCCGCCUUGGAGCUCGAUAAGGACUCUGACGCCGACUCCUCCUCCGACGAUGACGACGACGAUGAGGAGGGGAAGGAGCGGUCGAAAUCGCCCUCCGCUGGUCAGAUCAAGGAAGAGAGCGACGACGGUGACGAGAGCGAUUCGGACGAGGACAGCGACGAAGACGAACAAGCGCUCCUCCUCCGCGAACUCGAAAAGAUCCGCUCCGAACGAGCCGCCGAAAAAGCCCGACUGUCCGCCCUUGCCGAUUCGACCACCCAGCUUUCCCGCGAACAAGAGAUCGCCCAAGGAAACCCCCUGUUGAACCUCCAACACGCCCUCCAUGGCUCUGCCGCAUCCACAACAACGGAGGCCGAGGAGGGCGAUUUCGCAGUUCGCAAACGAUGGGAUCACGACGUGAUCUUCAAGAACCAGGCGGGCGCCGCAGGUAAUACGGGUGGAAAGGGAGGGAGUGGGUUCGUCAAUGAUUUGACCAGGAGCGACUUCCAUCGCAAGUUUAUGAGCAGAUACAUUCGAUGA